AUGCCACCAAAGAAACAAGUUGAAGAAAAGAAGGUUCUGCUCGGUAGACCAGGUAACAAUUUGAAGUCCGGUAUUGUUGGUCUAGCAAAUGUUGGUAAAUCCACUUUUUUCCAAGCUAUUACCAGAUGUCCAUUAGGUAACCCAGCCAACUAUCCUUUUGCAACAAUUGAGCCAGAAGAAGCUAGAGUCAUUGUUCCAUCUCCAAGGUUAGACACCUUGAUGGAAAUGUACGGUAGACCAAAGAAAGUUCCUGCAUUUAUCACUAUUUACGAUAUUGCCGGUCUAACCAGAGGUGCAUCUAAAGGUGAAGGUUUGGGUAAUGAAUUCUUGGCUAAUAUCAGGGCUGUUGAUGCAAUCUACCAAGUUGUGAGAUGUUUCGAUGAUGCUGAAAUUAUCCAUAUUGAAGGUGAUGUCAACCCAGUCAGAGAUUUAGAGAUUAUCAGUGAAGAAUUGAGAUUAAAAGAUAUCGAAUUUGCGGAAAAACACCUGGAAGGUAUUGAAAAAAUCACCAAAAGAGGUGGUCAAUCAUUAGAAGUUAAACAAAAGAAGGAAGAAGCUGUUCUUGUUCAAAGAAUCAUUGAUUUGUUGAAGGACGGCCAAAGAGUUGCCAACCAAAACUGGACAGCUAAGGAAGUCGAAGUCAUCAACUCCAUGUACUUAUUGACCGCAAAACCAUCUAUUUAUUUGAUCAACUUGUCCGAAAGGGACUUUUUGCGUAAAAAGAACAAGUGGUUGCCAAAGAUCAAGGAAUGGGUUGACACGUAUUCCCCAGGUGAUAUUAUCGUUCCCCUUUCUGUGUCAUUUGAAGAGAGAUUGUCACAAAUGGAGACUGAUGAAGAAAGAGCAGAGGAAGAAAAGAAUGUUGGCGCAACUUCUGUCUUACCUAAACUAAUUACUUUAAUGAGAUCCAAAUUGAAUUUAAUUUCCUUUUUCACCGCUGGUGAAAAGACUGAAGUUAGAGAAUGGACUAUCAGAGAAGGUACCAAAGCCCCACAAGCUGCUGGUGUCAUUCACACAGAUUUGAUGAAGACUUUCAUCUUGGCUAACGUCAUGAAGUACGAUGAUUUGGUAGAAGCAGGUAGUGAAGCAGCUGUUAAGGCUGCAGGUAAGUUGAUGCAAAAGGGUAAAGAUUAUGUUGUUGAAGACGGUGAUGUCAUGUAUUUCAGAGCAGGUGCAGGUAAGAAUUAA